AUGAGUUCACAAAGUACUACUGCAUCUUCAGCAGGUGCCAUUAGAGCAUUAACAUUAGAACUAAAAGGUUUGCAAACUUCACCUGUUGAAGGUUUUACAGUAACUGCUAACGAAGACAACAUGUUCGUGUGGACUGUUGCUUUGUAUGGCCCACCAGGAACAUUGUAUCAGGGAGGUUAUUUCAAAGCAGUUCUGAAAUUUCCUACAAAUUAUCCAUAUGCUCCUCCAUCUAUUAAAUUUCUCAACAAAGUGUGGCAUCCAAAUGUUUAUGAGAAUGGUGAGUUAUGUAUCAGCAUUUUGCAUCCACCUGUGGAUGAUCCACAUAGUGGUGAGCUUGCUUGUGAACGUUGGAAUCCUACACAAAAUGUCAGGACAAUUUUGCUGUCUGUAAUAUCAUUGUUGAAUGAACCAAAUACGUCAUCACCUGCAAAUGUAGAUGCAUCUGUUAUGUAUAGAAAAUGGAAAGAAUCAAAUGGCAAGAAUGACGAAUAUGCACGCCUUGUGAGGAAACAGGUUGAAGCUUCUCGAUUAGAUGCUGAAAGAGAUGGUGUUGUCGUGCCAGAAACACUAGAAGAAUAUUGCAUUAAAACAGCACCGAAACCAACUGAAGAUACUUUUGAUCUCGAUGAAGACUAUUAUGAUUACGGCGAUGAAAGUGGUAUAUCAUUUUUUCCAUAA